CGGUCACGUGAGCGCGCCCGCGACGUUAGCCCUCCGGCCGGCGGGGGGCGAUAACCAGAAAAGAUGGCGGACAGGCUAACACAGCUGCAGGACGCAGUCAACUCAUUGGCUGAUCAGUUCUGCAAUGCCAUUGGAGUUCUGCAGCAAUGUGCGCCACCUGCUUCCUUCAGCAACAUUCAGACAGCCAUCAACAAGGACCAGCCAUCAAACCCCACAGAAGAAUAUGCACAGCUUUUUGCAGCCCUGAUUGCAAGGACAGCGAAAGAUGUUGAUGUGUUGAUCGAUUCGCUGCCUAGUGAAGAAUCUACCGCUGCUUUACAGGCUGCUAGCCUGAGACAGUUGGAAGAGGAGAACCAUGAGGCAGCAGCACGACUGGAAGAAGUGGUGUACAGAGGAGAUCUGCUACUGGAGAAGAUCCAGAGCGCUCUGGCUGAUAUUGCCCAAUCACAGCUACGCACUCGCAGCGGCACGUCCAGCCAGUCCAUGACACCUGAAUCAUGAUUUGUACCGUUUCAGUUCCAGUAUGGACUGACAAAGACUUCAAGGACUUAUUAUACAGCAUUCAUUUGUGAUCUUUGAGGACAAAAAUUGCAGCAAAGUAUUCAGUGACAUUUCAGCUGGGAGAAGUAGAGCUGGCAGUGCUCUACACCAGUAGAGUGAAGACACCGUUCUGGUGGCGGUUUUGUUCCAACAUCAUCUUAAUAUAUCUUAGCAGUAAGAUCACACCUAUUAACGUUAAAGGUGUAACAUGCUUUUUGAUGGUGAUGGUAAAAGAGAUUUAUUUUUUUGAAGCUCUUAAGCCAUUUUCUUCUAGUUUCUAGUUUAAAAUGUGUUUUUUUUUAUUUUGCCCUUAAACACAGAAAUUACUAAUGUACAAUAUUUAUCUUUCCAGUCCAUGUAUGGUUUACUGUGGCAAGAGGAGGAUCUUUUUGAAUUUUGUAUAAUGUAGAAUUGCUUCAAGUAGAAUAAAUGAUCAAGUUUAUACUUUCAAGACACAAGA